AAUAUUUAUAAUUUUUAUAAAUUUACAACAACUUUUUGUCACUUUCCUGUAGUGUUUAAUAAAAAGAUAAGAUAAGCUUUAUUUUUCGUAUCAACAUUUAAUACGAUUGCAGUUGUAUAUUUUUAAUGAGAUCACUGCGAAUUGAUCCUUAACAAGGUAAUUUUAUACAAAGAAUUUGGUUUUGUUGAAUUUUAAUAAACAAGAAUGGGUGGAAAUACAAGUUUAAUGACCAAAGAACGGUUACAAGAUUACAUCGAAUUAACUUAUUUGAAUAAAUCGGAAAUAAUGAGUUUAUAUAAUAAAUUUAAUGAGUUAAAAUAUCCUUAUGAUGAAAACAUUUUUCAACGUCGAGUUGAAUUUGAAGAAAUUUGUACUAUUUUACCACAAAUAAAGUGUAACCCAUUUGCCGAUCGAAUUCGUUGGGUGUUUUCAUCACUUAAAGAUGACCGCUUUUCUUUUGAAGAUCUAUUAGAUUUUUGUUCUGUGAUGUCCGAAAAUUGUCCAACUAACGUUAAGGCUUUGUGGGCGUUCCGAAUUUUUGAUUUUAAAGAUGAAAGAGCAUUAAACAAAGAUGACUUUAUAGAAAUCAUAGAUAGAUUAACGUAUAUAGAUAGAAAAGCAUUUAAAAAUCAAAUGAAAAAUCAACAGAUUAUCGAUGACGAUAAGAAAAGGAUUAUCGAUAUUUUGUUAGAGGCAAUGGAUAUAGAACAAAAUGGAAGUAUUGGACCGUUGGAAUUUGAACAUGCAAUAGGAAAAAUGUCUGAUUUUGGAAACUCUUUCACUUUUAAAAUUUAAAAUUAUUAAUUGGUUAAAUAAUAUAAAAUAAAUUGUA